UGAUAUGUGGCAUUCAAGGAGAUCUAAAGCACCUCUGAAGCGAAUCAUGGAGGCUAGGGAGGAACCUACAGGGAGAGAAGUAGCAGAGGAAAGUGAUGAAGUUGCGGAAUGGAUUGUGCCAUCGCCUGAAACGGUGGGUCGAACUCCUUUUCUUUCCUCUUCCCUUGUCCCUUCCCCGGGUCAGCCUAGUGGGGGUGAUGGGGGCAUAAUUAUGUCAGAAAUUUCUGAUUAGGCCCUGUUGGAGGCCAUUUCACAGGAGGGUGGUUGGGGAGUUUCUACUGGGCCCUCGGAUGUGGCGUCUAUUCCCACGGACCAUGCGGCCUAUGUUGGUCCUUCCCAAUGUGGCGGGUCCUCCAGUAGUAGUGAAGCGGUGGUCGAUCCCUCUAACUUAUCUCCCAGUCCCCCCAGUGUCCCUCCCGGAACUCCAGUGCUCGUUUAGGGCCCUCCCGUGUCUAACCUUGGUCCCUCAUGGCCCUUUAAUGUCCCCCAAAUAGUUGGUGGGUAUAGUGGGAGCGCAUCGGCCUUACCAGUACCUACUGCGGCCUUGUCCUGGUCUCCAUCGCAGUGGUCCCCACUUUUUUAAAAUCAUGGACCUCGGCAUUGUCCGGGGCUCCGGGCGGGUCCCACGUGGUCCACAGUCCGUCGUCGUCAAUCGUGCUGGUUCCCCCGACGCUUACGGCCUUCUCCGCGUCGACUUCCGCUCUCGGGUCCUCCAGUGGCGGUACUUCCGGUGACGUCAUUUCCGGUCCCUCCAUUUUGCGCCUGGCCACGAAGAGGAGCAGAUUGAGUUCCCCAUGCGGCAGCAUAGGUAAGAGAGGAGUGCCGCGGGGGGAUCUUUUGUUCCGGGGGCUAGGCUUGUGAGGGCGAUGGAGGCAAAGAGUGUCAUUAUUAAUGCGGGGCAUGUGGUGUCUACUGCGGGCCAAUAAGAGUAGGGUGAGUGGCGCUGGUGAUGUAGCUGAUGCCACGAGUAGGAGGAUUGUCGUAAUGGCUAGCAGUACGUUUGGAAUGGAUGAUAAUGUUAGGGGUAGUAGGCCUCUUAGUGAGGUCGCAGAUCCGACCGCUGCAAGGAGGGUGGUCACUAGACCCGCUGCCAGGCAGGAUCCCCUAGAUCAAUUUCACAGCUUAGAUUUGCGUUAGCGCCGACUAGGAGUCGCAGGAAGGCCCCUUCCCAGGCCCCUAAGACAGUUCACUUCAUCGAAAAUAUUGAGGAUUUUUCGGAGGAGGAACGGUGUGUGCAUGUUGAGGUUGAGCGUGACAUUCAUGCAAGCGAGCCUGGAAUGCAUGAGGGGAGGGGCGAGCAGUCUGAGAGCAGGGGGAAGGGGAGAGCUGAACUUCCCCUGCGUGGUACUCCUCUCUGGCAUUCUGUUUUGCAGGAUAGCGACAUGGCCACUACUGGGGAUUCCAGAAGUGGCAUGGGGAGAGGAGCAGAGAGCGGUCCAGAUUCCAUGGUGUCCGAGGAUGAGCAUCCAUUGACUUCGGGAGUGCUGGCGAUACCGCCCAGGAUGGGGUUGCAAACCGGGCCUAGCAGUGGUCCGCUUUGUGCCUGGAUUGUCGGGCACUCGUUGUGCACUGGGCAGCCAUCUGAGCUUCUACUCGACCUGGAGAACAGCAACUGGGGGUUCUCAUCAUCUAGGGUGGUUGUUAGGUGGCUAGGAAGGAGAGGCCUUUGCUGGGCAGAUCUGCCUGGAUUACUGCAAGAUGACAUGAAGCGUUGGGAGAAACCGCUCGUUUUGAUCAUCCACUUAGGUGGAACUGAUCUUGGCUCAAUUCCCGGCCUGUAUGUAAGCAUGGUAAUCCAGUCGGACCUGCGCACCUUCAAAGCUUGGAUGCCUGGUGUGAGAAUGGGAUGGACAAACAUUAUUCCUAGGUUGACGUGGCGUCACAUGGCCAACCAUAGGCAGAGUUCAGGUCAGGAAAAGCUCAAUAGGGACGUAAGGAAUUUGAAGUUUGAGUUUAGGGGCUUUGUUGUUGAGCACAAAACCAUUACGGCAGCUGACCGGAGCCUCUACCGAGGCAACAGUGUACAUCUUUUGGAUCAUGGCAUGGACCUAUUUAUUAAAGACCUAAGAAAGUCCCUACUCCUAUUUGUGUUUUGGGUAGCGGUGAGAGUGGCCCUGGAUAUGUGGGCGAUCUCGUGACGGGUGGACAGUGUCCAGGGGCAGGAUGUGAUCGAGGUAGAGUGACGGCUACUUCCGGCCAGGGGUGAAGUCCUCAGACGCUGUCUGGGUUGUUCCCUGCCCUUGUGAUUUGAAGCCGAGAACUCCCUAAGCCUUUCCAGUAUUGAGCUACGCUCUGCUUCCUCUCCUGCGCCCUGGUACUGCCCAUCUUGUUAGCAUGGGUUACUACGCAUUAGCUAGUACCUGAUUGCCGCCCCCCUGGUCCAUGUUUAUUUGUGUUGGUCGUUUGGUUCCUGUGUUGCCUCAAUAAACGUGACCUGCGGGUUUUAUAGCCAA